UAGAUGAAGAUGACCCAUUCAUUACUUUUGGUGAUAUAGUAAAAUUGCGGAUUAUAAAUUCAACACGAGUGUACAAUAGUAGAAUAGUGUAUAUUAAAGGAAAAAAUGUAGUGCUAAAAUUAUUCGAUAUGAAACAUCAAGAAUAUCUUAAGGAUAAAGUAGUCACUGUUUACUUUUGUGUAUCAAAUUGGCCAAUAAAGUGUUGUCAUUAUGUUUUACAUAUUAUGUGUAAGCAUAAUUUGGUCGAUUUAAUCUAUCCUAAAAUAAGCAGGGAUCAUUAUGAUUUACUACAAGUUGACUUGAAUUGGGUUCAUAAAAGUGUAGCAAGUAAUCCAGAACAAACACAGGCAGUAAUUAAUAUUUUAAGCAAUUCCGCAUAUCCUGCACCAUAUAUAGUAUUUGGUCCACCUGGUACUGGAAAAACAACAACAUUAGUUGAAACCAUUUGUCAGAUUAGAAACCAAUGGAAGUAUAAAAAAAUUUUAGUAUGUACAUCAUCAAAUGCAGCUGCUGAUGAAAUUGGAAAAAGAUUAUUAGCUUUUCUUCCUUCUAAAGACAUAUUUCGUAUGUAUGCAGCGUCCAAACAUUGGGAAAAUGUAGAUAAAAUUAUUCAUCCUAGUUCAAAUAUUAUUAAUAGUCAAGUCCUUUUUUUGCCAAAAGAAAUUUUUAUUUUAAAAAAGAUAGUUAUUACAACAUUGGUAACAUGUACAAGAUUGGUAAAGCUCAAUUUAAAAAGUGACCAUUUUUCAUAUAUAUUCAUUGAUGAAGCAAGUCAAAGUAUAGAACUAGAAUCAUUAAUACCAUUUACACUAACAAGUACGCAAAAUGAAACAUGCACAGGGACACUACAUGCUCAAAUUAUUAUUGCCGGUGAUCCUCAUCAACUGGGACCCGUAAUUCGAUGUAAAAGAAUUGAGCAUUUACUUGGAAAAUCCCUACUAGAAAGGUUAAUGGAAUGCGAACCAUAUAAAAAAGUGGAAAAUAAAUAUAAUUCACGUUACAUAACGAAAUUAAUUCGCAAUUACCGUAGCGAGGAACCUAUUUUGCAUGUGUCCAAUAUGUUAUUUUAUGAUAAUGAAUUAUUAUGUUGUCAUGACUCGAAUAUAAAUAAGAUAACUUUAAAUUGGCCAGUACUAUUAAAUAAAACGUUUCCUAUAUUGUUUGUUGAAAUUAAAGGUAAAGAAGAAAGAACUCCAAAUAAAAGUGUUUAUAAUGAAGAAGAAAUCAAGAUUGUAGAACAUUGCACGAAAAAACUAAUGCAUGCUAAAAUUGGUCCACGUAAAAUUCAAGAGGAAGAUAUUGGUGUUAUAACACCAUUUAAACAACAACAAAUUAUGAUCAAUAAAUGUUUAGAUGAAUGUGGAUUAAAGAAUAUAACUGUUGGAACAGUAGAAAUAUUUCAAGGGCAAGAAAAAGAAAUUAUAAUUUUGUCUACUGUAAGAUCUAAAUCCUUCAAACAUGAUGGUAAAGAUCAUAUUGGAUUUUUAUCAAAUGCAAAGAGAUUCAAUGUUGCCCUAACAAGAGCAAAAAAAUUUGUAAUAGUAAUAGGAAAUCCAGAUGUACUAUGUAAAGACAGAUGUUGGAAAACUUUAUGGGAAUAUUGUGAUAAGAACAAUGCAUGUACUGAUAUUGCUGGUGUUAUAUGAAAAGUAUUCAAUUAUAAUCACAUCAGUGUAUUGAAACCAAACAAACUAAAUUUGGAAUGUACAAUUAAAAAUUCAGCAACAGUAAUUAAAGUUUGCAUAAAGAAGAAGCUACAAAUG